AGGACGCAAUGGAACUCACACAAAUCUUUAUUUACCGUCCAGUUCUGUGGAAAAAAUGGCUAAUCUCACCGAGUCACACGCUGUAUUGUCACUCGAGAGCCUGUUUUAGGAAGAAUAAAGAUUCCGGGUUUAAGAAAUCAUGGAAGUGCUUGAAGGCCCGAGAGUCAACCGAGAUAUUCAUGCCGAGAAUGCGACCCUUGAUCUAGAGGACAGGGAGCACCAAGUCGGCAGGGUGAGAGUGAGGGUGGAAGAGAGCUGGUUCACCGUGGAGAGAGCCUUGCUGGCGAGGUAUAGUGACUACUUCUGUGCUCUCUUUCAGUCUGGGAUGAAAGAAAGCCACCAGGACGAACUCCACCUGAAGGGAGGAGUGCAUGCAAGGGGUUUUCUCAUUGCCCUUUCUGUCUGCAGGGGAGAGAUUCCCACCAUCACUGACCCGGAUGAGCUCAUAGAAGCUGUAGAGUGUGCUGCUUUCCUGCAGAUUGCAUGUUUGGUGCAACAUCUUUGUGACAUUAUUGAUUCAGACAACUGCCUCUUGCUUUACUGUGCAGCCUCCAUCUUUGGGGUGCAUAAACUGUUUCACAAUGCAGCUCUUUUCCUUUGUGAUGCUUUUGCUGAUUUGAAGGAAGCAGCAGAGAGUUCAAUUCCUGAAGACCUUCUUCAGUAUUCUCAGUCAUUGUCUCCAUCGACUUAUGUUGCUAUAGGCACCCACUCUCCUUCCAUGGAACUGCUACAUGACUCCUUUAGGGUUGUUUGCUACCUUGAUGAAAAAGAGGGAGAGUGGAAGCAUUUGACUAACCUCCCAACUCUCUGUAGUACCUCCAUGGCUGGCGUGGCAGUGCUUGACAAUCGAUUGUACAUUGUAGGGGGAGUCUACGGUUAUGGUAAGGACACAGUGGACAGCAGCUUUUGCUACAACCCUGACUCAGGGGUCUGGACUGCUCUUCCUGGACCCCAGCAACCAAGAUAUGACUUCACCCUGCUGGGGCAUGAGGGCAGACUCUACGCCAUCGGCGGCGAGUUCCAAAAACGGAUCAUUUCUACAGCAGAGAGUUACGACACUGUGAAGGGAGAGUGGGCAUUUAUACAACAUGCGCCAAGACCCGUGGCAUCUGCAGCUUGUGCUGUUGCAAGACGGAGGAUAUUUGUUUGUUUCUGGAAACCACCAGAUACCACUGAUAUCUAUGAGUAUGUGCCAGUGAAAGAUGAAUGGAAACUUGCCACCACAAUGAUAAGACCUCAGAGCUAUGGCCACUGUAUGGUGGCCCACAGAGACAAUUUGUAUGUGAUGCGCAACGGGCCUUGCGAUGACUUUCUGCGUUGCCUAAUGGACUGCUACAAUAUCACAACGGGCCAGUGGACAGCCAUGUCCGGACACUACAUAAACAGCAAGGGGGCGCUGUUCACUGCAAUGAUAAGGGGGGACUCGGUGUUCACAGUAAAGCACAUGCUAACUCUUGAAUACACCAUCACUGGAGAUGGAUGGAAGCCCCGCAGGCAGAUGAAGGGAUUUCCAAAGAGUGGUUCACUGUGGACGUGUUUACUCAGGCUUCCCAAGACGGGACCAGUUAUACCACAGCUGGAUUCAGAAGGGAAGGAAGGAGAAAUGUCUUUGCCAGACGCAUCUGAGGGAUUUGUGGAAGCUAUACCGCAACUGUGAAAUUACAGCACAACUGAAAAACAAUGUGAUGUUUUUUCAAGUUUCUACACUGGAAGUACAAGAAUUGAAAAACACAAACUAAAUGAUUGUGGAAGCGGCACAGUGACACCAAUGUUCCUCAUUUCAAUUUCAUUCACUUUCACAUGUACACACACUUGUGUACACACACAUGCACACGUGCUGACACAAAGCAUUUGCUCUGAUUAGCAACAGCUGCUACUGUAGUUUAUAUUAGGGGAGGCCACUGUGCAUGUGUGUGAGUGUGUCCGUGUGUGUGUGUGUGUUUGUGCAAAGUUCAAAGGCACUGACGGGAUGUUCUAAACCUCUCAUUCUCCAUGUUUUUCCUGAAGUCACACUGGGCCAGUUCAGGAGACACCGGUCUCCCAGUCAACGUAAAACCCAUCUUUCACACACUCUUGAACGCUCACUUGCCAAGGACUGUUGCCCCACGAGUGAUUAAAUACCUGUUUCUGUGGGAGAAUACAUUUCAUGUAGCCUAAGGCUUGUAACUCUGAGGGUUGUGGGAAAUAUUUUUGUCUUGUAUGGCCACAGAGUGCAUUUGUUUUAGUACUUAUAAAAACCAGUGGAACACGUGAUAUCAGUCCAUAGACCCUUAUUUUGAAUACUUUAGGUGCUUAGUGAUGGUAAUGCUCUCACUGUAACAAAAGACCAAAAUACUGUCAAUUACAUUUAUAGGUGGAAUUUGUCUUUUGGCUCAGUGUGCACACAGUUGAAUAUCAUGAUUUCCACUGGGGUCGUUUAUGCUAUUACCAUUCCCACCACAGUGGCAGAGGCUCAAAAGGCUGUGCGUUAAGCUGAAUCAUCUCACAUGUUAAUCUGCUCUGAU